UGAAGCUGUCCCAGCCUUUCCACUGUUUUGUAGAGCACACACUAACCCUUGUGUCCGAGGCAGGCUCAAGCCAUUUCCAUUCCCCUGCCUGCUCUUUGCCUUGCUUCCAGGCAGCCACAGCUGGUUAGACAUCAGCUUCCACCAGCUCAGCUCUCAGCUCUUCAUAUUAAAAGGUUCCUUUUGUGUUAACAGAAGUUGAGGAUCACAUUCUGUUGCCCUGGCAGUCCCUCUGCCAUGUAUCCUCAGAGCAAGGCUGUCGCAGCUUGCAGACUUGGUGCUCUUGUGGGGCUUUGAAUCCAUAUGGGCUGAAUCCUCAGGACAGAGGUCAAACCCAGGAAAAAUGAAUCAUUGCUGGUCCUUUGUGCCUUUCCCCUUCAUGGGCACUGAGUUCACAGCACGUGAUUUCAGCUGGAGACAUGGACAGCAUCCUGCCACAGAAGGCAAUGUUCCUUUUAACCCCUUGUUCUGGAUAGAUGGGUUCUGCAGGGUCUGUGCUUAGCCCCUGAUGGGGCUGUGAAUCCUCAGGUCACAGAGGAAGUUUUACUUCAGGGGACACAUCCAGAUUGAUGCUGACAGGCACACGAGCUCUCAGUCCAGCUAAGGGACAGAAGGGAGGAGAACUACACUCGGGUUCUGGCAUUUCAAGGCAGCUUGUGGUAGCUCAUUAUUCCCAUGUUCAUUAUUAUCUUCUCCAGUGUCUGGCUGUCAGCUCUUUUCCUGACACUUGGCCACUUCUUUGUGAAGACUGUUGUUGAUUUCAAACCUACCAUAGUCAGAACAGCCUUGUGAUAGUUCUUGGACAACCUCUGGACAAGCCUCAGACCAAUUAGAUGGGUUUUGUGUGAGGGGAGGGCUUAGACAAGGGCUAAGUCUUAGCAAGAGUGGAGGCUGUAAGGCAAGGCAGGAGCCUGGUCAGGAUCGGCAGAAGUGUGCCCAUUUUUCCAGUACAUUUUUGUAACCUUUAACAGCAACAUUUGGAAGUGCUUUCCUCACACUUAGAGCCUUGCUGGAAUAACUGGCAGCCUUGGGGAAUUUCUAACAUCAACUGCCAAUGUCAGCAGAAAUUAUAACCUCCACGAUGUGAAACAUUUGAAAGGAACAUCAAAUGCUGUGCUAGGAAACAUGACCUGCCACAGCAUUACAUAUCCCCAAGAGGUCAUUUUGGGCUGCUGUUGGAAAAAAAAAAUCCAAGGGGAAAAAAAUGCAUAUGAAACAAGGUGUCUAUUUUUUUUAAUUAUUAUUUACAAAAUUAAGCAACUGAAAGGAAAUCUAAAAUAGAAAUGGAAUUAGACAACACUUGUACCUGUCUAUUGCCCUCUUUUGGUCUGCUGAAGGUACGCUGUACCCUGUGUUGUAUGGUGGUGUGUCAGGGUGGGAUGGGUGCUGCUAUCCCAGGUCCUCUGCACCUGGGUGGGCAUGCUGCUGAAGUGGCUGUGGGAUUUGGUCCAUGUAGGGAGGCCACAGCUGGACAGUGGUGUCCUGGCACUGGAAAUGUAUCAUGGAAUGGUUUGGGUGGGAAGGCACCUUAGAGUUCAUCGAGUUCCAACCUGCCACGGGCAGGGACACUCUCCACUAGACCAGGUUGCUCCAAGCCCAGCCCUACCCGGCCCAGCAGCUCCGCGUGGGGCUCAAGAGACAGGAGGCCAGCUGGGGGUACAGAUGCACCACCGAGGCUGGAGCUCGGCUCAUCCGGUCCCCAGCCGCUCCGCGCCUCGGCACCUCUGGCCUGCCUCCAGCCCGUCCCGCGAUGCAGGCCCCGCCGAGGGCAGAGGAAGGCCGGUGGUGGCCCACGGCGGGGCCUGUCCCCUUCCCUACCGGGGGGUCCGUGCCGGGGACCGGGCCCUGGCCGAGAAGGACGCCGCUUUCCCCUGGGCGAGGUUGCGGAACGAAUGCGAGGGGACGAAGGAGCGGGCGGAUCACAGCGAGGGGCGGUAUUUGGGCGGUGCACGGGGGCCUCUUCUUUCGCGGCUUCACCCGCGGCCCUCGGAGGCUGUCUUGAGGACUGGGCCCCAGUCGUUGGUGCUGGGCCCUGCCAGGGUGAAGCUCGACCCCGGGAGCCCACAUGCUGCUGGUGGCCGGAGGUGGCCCGGAACCUCCGGCAUGGAGCAGGGUCCCCAGCGCACUUUCCAAGAGAAGCUGCAGUGGUGCAUUUCACAGCUGGAGGCAAAUCUUCUCCUCAGCCCAACCCCCAAACAAGCAGAGGAGACCCAGUGCAUUCUCAAGGUCCUGUGCUCCCGUGACACCCCUUUUGCAAAUAAGCAAGAAGUGAUGAACCACGUGUUUGAGGAUUAUCACCUCAAGAUGGCUGAUGAUCAGAUGUGCAUGGACAAAGCAGACAUGAAACCUGUUGAUGUGGAAGUACAGCAGAGCAGUGGACAGGCUUCAGAUAGUGUGGUGCAUGGAGAACAGUGUGACCAAAUCUCCAAGGCAAAGCCAAAGUGGUUUAUGUCACCUGACAACAGCUUCCGAUUUGAUUUUACACUUUCUGACAGCGACCCAGAAGCAACUGGCACACCUCUGGAAACAGUCCCUGAUGUCAGUGGUGAUGAGCAGAUACAAACCAAUGCUGGAGCCACUGAGCAGAACUGGAAUGGAGCCUUGAGUUUUGCUGCCUCUGGACAAGAACCCAAGUUUGCUUUCAACUUUUUCAUCACUGAUGAAGACUGUCCUCUGAGUCAGUUAGUACCAGCAAGCCAACAGACAGACUGUACAGCAGGUCAUGAGGUGCUGGGUAAUUCUCUGCUUGAUGAAUCAGGAGGUAUGCCACAGAUUGCAGCCUUGCAGAAGCCUGAAUUGACUCAAACUACAGGUAAUUCACCCAAAGAGGAUAGAAGCCAUGUCACAUUAAAGAUUCCCCAGUCAGAGACUGCUCCUGGAGAUGAGCCAGUGGCAGAGAAAUCAGCAGAUGGAGGUGCCCAGAAGAAAAAGAAGAAACAAAAAACAUCUGUCAGUAAAAAGGAGAUAAAAGAAACUGGGAUCAACAGGAAGACAAAGGCAGAAGCUAGCAGAUGUCAAAAUGCAGGUACUUCCCACCAGGAUGAGACCUCUCAGCAGUCUGGGGACCAGCUGUGGAAGGAGGUGGACUGGUGUGUGGAACAGCUGGAACUUGGCCUGAAGACACAGAAAUCUACUCCAAAGCAGGUCGACGAGGCUCUCCGUGCAAUCAAGACAUUGCGCAGUGACAAGGCUCCGCUGGUGAAGAAGCGUCAACUCAUGAGAGCCAUGUUUGGAGACUACAGGAAGAAGAUGGAGGAGGAGCUGUGCAAAGAGCUGAAGCUCAUGGAAGCAACUGUGAAAUCUGCCAGAGUUGUGAAAGUGAAGAGAAACGUCUGCAAGAAGAAAGGCCAGUUCAUCCGGAAGUGCUCAGAAGCUUGCAGGAAAAGCCAAGAUUCAGAAGGAUGCCUUUCAGAGUCACCCGGGACACUUAACACAGGCCCAUUCAAAUUCACACCUUCCCAAGAAGAGUUUUGCUUUAAUUUCUUGUAGGAAAGUCUAAAGCUGGCUGGAAGCUUUGCCAUAUAUUCUGUAAACCUAAGAAUGGUGGAAAGAUGCUGUGCAGUAGGAAAUGUUACCCAAAAAACUCAGUCUUUUCUAAAGUACGGUUCCUCUUUCAGAAGAAGGUUAAGUUUCUGUGAAGAUUCAGCACAGAAGCAUCCAGCUAUAAUGCAUGGAUAGUUGGAUGCUUCCACUCCAUGUGAGUCAAUGCAGCCUCUGGUAUCCAGAAAGCCCUGGGCAGUGUGUGUCAUCACUGCCACCUAGAGUAGGAGUUCAGGGUCUUGGAGGAAAAUGAGUGAGAAUUGUCCUUGAUCGUUCAUCUAUUCGGUUGAACAGGUAUAGACUUCGAAGACAAUUGCAAAUACUGCUUUAAUCUAGCGUAGGGAUGGAAGGACAGUUGUUUCCAGACAGGGAUAGAUUUUUGUUGCUGAAGCCAUAUACUGGCCAGCUGGGAAGGCUGUACAGUUGGCUCUUAAAAAACAAGUUUACUGUGUAAGUAGCCUGGUUACAAUCACCAGUGACCCAGAGGCUGAAUCAGCUGCAUGCCAAAGCUUGGGUGGUGGUGAAAUGAACUGAGAAAGCCCACUGACUCUUCUGCGUUGGAUUUGUAUUAAUUUUUUGCUACCUGAACAGUUGAAUGUGUCUCUCCACACAGUGGAGUUUCAGUGUUUCAAUACUACAACCCAUCUCCUGUGUUUAUGCAGAAAAUCUUCCUCUUUAAGCUUAAAAAAGCUGAAGGAACAGAAGUCCUACACAGUCCUGGUAUCAGGUGUCCCUGGGUGCAGUGCUCUCCUUCCUUUUUAUAGUCCAGUCAUCCUGCCUGAGAGACAAGAAAAGAGAGUGUAGGCAGGUUCCAGGGUGUACUGUGAGCAGCUGAGAUGGUGGAAAAUGUUUGCUAGGAAAGGCUUCAAAAAACCUGAUGUUGGCUAAAAAAAAAAACAACAAAAAACAAAAAACUAAGCUCUGAUACAGUUGGUUCCAUGUGUAAUAUUUUUUUGUGUGCUUUAAAGAAUGCUUGUCUAACAUAAGGAGAAACUGAACGUGGGUAACAUACGUGAUGAGGAAAAAUAUGCAGAGAAAACUUUUAAGUCUUCUGGAAAUCAGUAGGUGAGCAAAUUAAUUCUUUUGCUUGCCGAGGAGCACUGCUGGUACUUUGUAUGGAGCAACACUAUACUGUAUUUUUUUUUUUUAUUUCCAGGGCCUUAUAUUACGCAUGCAGAAGCUGUGUCAUAAAACUUUGUGUUUUCAUGCCAUUUAGUAAGAUUAAAAACCAUCUUGUACAU